UUUAGAUUGUUGAAGAAAAAAUGGAUUGUCAAACAGUAAAGAUGGAUUCACCGUUUGUAGAAGAACUUAAUUGUCCUGUGUGUUAUGAAAUCUUCAAGGAUCCUGUUGUUUUAUCAUGUAGUCACAGUUUCUGUAAAGCGUGUCUUCAACAGUUCUGGAGAACCAAGGAAACUCCGGAGUGUCCUGUCUGCAGGAGAAGAUCCUCAAGGGAUGAUCCUCCAACUAAUCUUGUGUUAAAAAACUUGUGUGAGUCGUUUCUGAAGGAGAGAAAUGAGAGCCCUUCAACAUCUGAGGAAAUCUGCAGUUUACACGGUGAGAAACUCAAACUCUUCUGUCUGGAGGACGAACAGCCUGUGUGUUUAGUGUGUAGAGAUUCACAGACACACGACAACCACAAAUUCAGACCAAUCAGUGAAUCGGUUUCAUCAUAUAAGGAGAAGCUAAAUACAGCACUAAAAUCCUUACAAGCGAAACUUAAACACAAAGAGAACAUUAAAGGGGAAUUUGAGAAAACAGUUCAACACAUCAAGUCUCAAGCUGAACACACAGAGCGUCAGAUUAAACAGCAGUUUGAGACGUUUCAUCAGUUUCUCAGAGAUGAAGAAGAAGCUACAAUCACUGCACUGAGGGAGGAAGAGGAGCAGAAGAAGCAGAUGAUGAAGGAGAAGCUGGAGGAGAUCAACAGACACAUCUCAGCUCUUUCACACACAAUCAAAGACACGGAGGAGAUGAUGCAAGACAAUGACGUCUGCUUUCUAAAGAAGUUUCCAGUCUCAAUGGAAAGAGUCCAGAUCUUGCAGCCCGAUCUACAGACGCCUUCUGGAGCUUUGAUUCAUGUGCCACGUUACUUGGGGAACCUGCCCUUCAGAGUCUGGAAGAAGAUGCAGGACAUUGUCCAAUACACUCCUGUGAUUCUGGAUCCAAACACUGCUCAUCCAUCUCUCGUCCUGUCUGAUGAUCUGACCUGCGUGAAAGACCUCUGGAACAAACAGCCGCUUCCUGAUAAUCCGGAGAGAUUUGACAGCUAUUCCUGUGUUCUGGGUUCAGAGGGUUUUAAUUCAGGAACACACCGCUGGGAUGUGGAGGUUAAAGGGAAUUCACACUGGAUUCUUGGAGUAACUACAGCAUCGAACCAAAGGAAGGGACGUGAGUUCUUUGACACUGAUGUGUGGAGUGUGCAGUAUGGACUGUAUGAAAGGUCUGGUUUUCCUGUUAGACAGGAUCUUGAGCGUGUGAGAGUGUAUCUGGUCUAUGACAGAGGAAUGGUGUUAUUCUUUGAUCCUGUAACUAACACACAUCUACACACAUUCACAACCACCUUCACUGACACCGUCUUUCCUUUCUUCGAAACCGCUUCCUCUCUGAGAUUCUUGCAAUUCAAAAUUAAGUAAAUGCUGCACUACAGUCAUUCAGCACUACAGACACACUGACAGAGACAUAAUGCUGAACUUCCGGUGGAAGCGAAUGCUGGUGCAAACUUCUAAUUAUUAUCUAAUAAUUGUUUGAUUGUUUUAUAAUUGCUAUAAACCAUGGUUGUUUUAAUUUAAAGGAUCAACUGAAAGGAUCAAAGGACUCUUUUAACCAAAAAAUAUUAACAACUUGGUGGCUUUUAAUUGUGUGAGUGAUCAAGCCCUUGGCUCACUUCCUCCCGGAGCUUACCCUGGAGUUAGUUAUAAUAAUGUGGAUCAACAGGCUUCUUACAUGGAUUAUACCUCUUCUCAUCAUCCAUCCAGUGACAUUGAUAUUUCAAUAUACAACAGCGGAAAUUUUCUUACUACAACCCACCUCCGAGCCUCUAAUUUCACCACUAUAUCCAUGAUCAUUUUGAUUAUCCAGUGUCCUUCAAAGAAAUCAAGGCGGACUGUCGACCACAGUGUGCUAGCUAGCCUAGCCAGGCCAGCUAACAUCAAAUCUGGUAUGAACAAUUUGGCUUAUUUAACAUUCAUCCGUUAAUAAACAAAGGACCUCUCAUUUAUGAUCUGCUGAACGAUAAUACGUUGGACUUUCUCUGUGUAAAACUGACAUGGCAGCAGCACAAUCAAACUGUUCCUCUAAGGAUUGUUUAUACCUGCCAACCCUGAGCGUCUGGUGGACAUCUAGAUAGACAGACAGACAGACAGACAGACAGAUAGAUAGAUAGAUUGAUUGAUGCACGUUUAAAUUUAAAUGUUUCCACUUUUAACCACUAGAUGUCACUGUCAGUCAUAAUUAAUACAUUCCAGUCCUGUCAGUAAAAUUGUUUUAUGGCAUUUUACACACUGUAAGAUGAAACAGAAUUUACAUUGUUUACAAAAUUGACAUUGUAUGAUUCCUCUGUUUAUUCUAGUAUUGUAUAAUGUGCAAGAUUAUUAUGAAGUGUAUGAUAUGAGCACAUGAGAAUAAUCAGUCUAGAUAUUCCCCUGCCCCUUUGUGCAAAAAGAUGAAAAGCCUUCGUAGAAACUAAACAUUGAGGCAAACAACAUCUUCCAUAAAUUCUUUGAAAUCAA